AAUCAUGUUUGUACAAAUCAACUUAAACGACAAGAUGAAGAAAUGAAACGCUUGCGUGAAGAAAAAGACGAUAUUCUACAGCGUGAAAAAGAUCUUUCGGAUCAAAUUAAGGAAGAACGACGUAAAGCGAUUGAGGUAGAAAGUGAACUAAAAGAACGAUCGGUAAUUGAACGAUUAAAAUAUAGCGAAGCAAUGCAACAUAUUGCUGAUUUAAAACAAGCUAUUACUCAUCUUGAACUUAAGAAAGCCGAGAAAUGGACGCAUACACAAUUAAGAGGAAGCUCAGUAUGUGAUAUGGACGAUGAUUCUUCGACGGGCGCAAUUGGAUCACAUAUAAGCGGUGAUGCGGUUUCUAUCACCAGCGAUGAAUUAACAACAUUAAUUGCUGAUAUGCAAGUUCGAAUCCCGGAAUUUUCCGAUGAAACUGUAACGUUAGUGAAAGAGAAUGGUAUUAUUCAAAAUUCAAACAAAGAUCGACGAAUAUUAGAGGAAGAUGGUAAUGAUACAACGGAUAGUGGUUUUCAAACAAGUGAUACAUCAUAA